CGGGCCGCCGGGGAGGAGGAGGAGGAAGGCCGCGCCUGGCGUAAAGCGGUACGGCAGAAUGGCGCCGCUCCUGCCGCGCGUGCGUCGGGUGAAAGGUUGAGCGUCAGGAGGGGGCGGGGCCUGCUCACGCACGCUGGCGCGGUUGGUCGGAGCGGCCUGAGGCCCAUGUGGAGCGGGAGCGGCAGUAGCAGUUGAACCGCCGCCGGAUCCGGAUCGCGGGGCUCUGGGCAGCCAUGAAGGGUAGCCGGAUCGAGCUGGGUGACGUGACGCCACACAACAUUAAGCAGCUGAAGCGGUUAAACCAGGUCAUCUUUCCCGUCAGCUACAACGACAAGUUCUACAAGGAUGUGCUAGAAGUCGGCGAGCUCGCCAAACUGGCCUAUUUCAAUGACAUCGCAGUGGGUGCCGUGUGCUGUAGAGUGGAUCACUCUCAGAAUCAGAAGAGGCUGUACAUCAUGACGCUUGGAUGCCUGGCCCCUUACCGAAGGCUGGGAAUAGGAACUAAAAUGUUGAAUCAUGUGUUAAACAUCUGUGAAAAAGAUGGCACAUUUGACAAUAUCUAUCUACAUGUCCAGAUUAGCAACGAGUCCGCCAUUGACUUCUACAGAAAGUUUGGCUUUGAGAUCAUCGAGACGAAGAAGAAUUACUACAAGAGGAUAGAACCAGCAGACGCCCACGUGCUGCAGAAAAACCUCAAGGUCCCCUGCCUUGGCCAGAACACAGACGUGCAAAAGGCCGACAACUGAACAAAAAACCCCCCCAGUGAACACUUUUGUGCACUUGCUUGUCACCAAAUAAGGAAAGAGAGGCCUGCUCUCCCCUCCCCUCCCCUCCCCCCUAAUGUGUGUUGUAUCCUCUCCAACAAAUUAGUAACUUUCCGAGGAUUGUCCAAUUGUGUGUUUGGGUUUUACAGCUCUACUAUUUUGCAUUCUUUUUUGGGGGGUGGGGAAGUGUGCAUUUCUGGUUGUGGGGCGGGGAGGGGGCCUUCAGUCGGUCUUCCAGAAGUCGGGGGGGGGUCUUCAGUGCGUGUGACCCUCCCCAUUGGCGGGCAAAGUUUAAGCAAUACCUUGCAUCCCGACUCCUAAUAACCACGCGUCCUCUUUUUUUUUUAAAAUAAAAAUAAAAAUCUGGAGGCUGUUGCCCUCUGAAAUUCUGAAUGUUGCUUAGCAGUCCUCCGGCCCCCUUUGCCUCUCUGCGAAUCACUCUCUUAGCUGAUCCCCAGUGUUUUUGAGUUGCCGCUUUCUCCAUUGUAUGCUGAGAGGGGCAGCAAACAGCUAAGGAGUUUCAUCUUGCUGAGUGUCUGAUCCCUUUUUGGGGGGCAGUGUUCCUCGGACUCUUGUGGGUGAGAAUGCCAGGUGGGCAGUACCAUCUCCCACUUUUCUCCUGCUCAUUAUUGGUGUUGCAGUGGCAAAAGGAAGAAAAAAAUCUUGGCGAUUCGGGCAUCGGUGGAGGAGCUGGGCGAUUUUAAGACUGGCGACGAAGAUCAACGCGUGACCCUUCUCGCAAAAACUUUGCCUUGGAAACGGUUCUGCUGGUUUGGACUCUGCUUGCUUGCUGAGAUUAUACUCUUAAAAUAGAGGAUGGUUAAAACUGCUUUUUCUCCCCCUGCUCUACUGAAGGCUCGGCCCACCCCUCUCAACACCUUCAAGGGGACGCUUAUAUAAGACGCCAGUCAGGAGUGGCUUGUUGGGAGAACGUUGUAAGGAUUCAAGGUUUUCCUCCUCAUAUUGUAAUGUAAGACCUGUAGUCUACUUUACUGAGCUCUCGCUUUGUAUUGUGUUUAUGCUUUUGUUUGCGAUUUUCAUUUCGAGCUUAUAGUGAUCAGUACGACCAUCGCCAGCUUAAUCUUACGACUUUUCUCCUCGUCGGGGGGGAAAUGUACUGAAAAAACAAAAACAAAUCUGCCCCGUCACCCAAAUCAAUAUUAAACUGUAUUACUUUCCUGUUUUUGAA